AUGGCAGAGGCAUCCACCUCACAGCUGCCCGCGCAGACGCCAGCAGACCAGCGGCUGCUCGAGCGGUGGCAGCGCAAAUUGUCCGUCAUGACCGGCUUGAGCUCAUCGCCGGCCGACAUAGAGGCUUACCAGUGCCGCCAGUGUGAGACUAUGAGGGACAAAGUCGUCAAGAGCAGUCCGAUCGUGAGGUUCAUCUUGACCCAUUUGUCCUUGCUGCCGGACCCGACACCGCUCAAAGAUCAGUCUGCGACGCCCUACCUGCCUGCAUCGAUCGCAUGCGUGCCUUGCAAAGACGUCGCACCGGGCCUCUUUGCCGGUCAUGAUCCGGAGACGGGCAUCUUUCUGUGCCAGGAAACCGUCAUCAGAGACGAAGGCGUCCUCAGGAGCACGCUCGCUCAUGAGCUCAUCCACCUCUGGGAUCACCGUCGCUUCCACCUGGACUAUCGCAACCCGCGCCACAGAGCUUGUACAGAGAUACGCGCGGCCAACCUCUCAGGCGACUGCUCGUGGAAGAACGAAGUCAACAGGGGUCACUUUUCAAUUCCGAGGCAGCAUCAGCUCUGCGUCAGACGGAGAGCACUGCUCUCCCUCACGACCGGCUACUCUGCCAUUCCCAAAGAGGAGGCAGAACGCGUCAUCAACGAAGUCUGGGACAGCUGCUUUGCCGACACACGCCCAUUCGACGAGAUCUACUGA